ACCUGCCAGGCGCGGACCGCGGGCGGCCUCGGGCGCAGCCUCCGGGCGCCCCGCCCCCGCCUCCUCCGCGCGGCCCCGGCGCCCGGCCGCACCCCCUCCCAGCCCGCGGCGCCCCGGCACCCCUCUCCCUCCCCGGCGGGCUCCGCGGAGCAUUGUACUCACAUCCGGGGCUGGGUUUUGCUUUAAUGCGAAACGUAAUUAACCCGGAAAAAAGAGCCGAGGGACGGGAGAGAAGGAGGGGGCACUGCGGGAGACCAGAGCGAGGGGAGCGAGAGGCGCGGAGAGUUUGGCAGGCAGACCCAGAAAUUCCUGGAGCGCGGCGGACCCGGCGGCCGGAGGGGCGACCCCGCCCGAUGUAACGCGCCCCGCCCGAGCCCCGGCCCCUGCACGGGGGGCAGCGAAACUUCUCUGCGGGUUCUGGCGCUGGGGCACCGACCCCGCAACGACUGCCCGGGCUGCGGGAGGGGAGGAGAGCAGAGAACGUCCCCAGGGUGAUGUGAGCAGAGCCCAGGAAUGCCUUAUGUGGAUCGGCAGAACCGAAUCUGUGGGUUUCUGGACAUCGAGGAGCAUGAGAACAGCGGCAAGUUUCUGCGGAGGUACUUCAUUCUGGACACCCAGGCUAACUGCCUCCUCUGGUAUAUGGACAACCCCCAGAAUCUGGCAAUGGGGGCAGGAGCUGUUGGAGCUUUGCAGCUGACCUACAUCUCGAAGGUGAGCAUAGCUACCCCAAAACAGAAACCAAAAACUCCGUUUUGCUUUGUUAUCAAUGCCCUGUCUCAGAGAUAUUUCCUUCAAGCCAAUGAUCAGAAAGAUAUGAAGGACUGGGUCGAAGCCCUGAACCAAGCCAGCAAGAUCACCGUUCCCAAAGGUGGGGGCCUACCCAUGACCACUGAAGUUCUCAAGAGCUUAGCAGCUCCUCCAGCCCUGGAGAAGAAGCCACAGGUGGCCUACAAGACGGAGAUCAUUGGAGGGGUGGUGGUCCACACACCCAUCAGCCAGAACGGUGGGGAUGGGCAGGAAGGGAGUGAGCCCGGGUCCCACACCAUCCUUCGAAGGUCUCAGAGUUACAUCCCCACGUCAGGCUGCCGUGCUUCCACCGGGCCUCCCCUCAUUAAGAGUGGUUACUGCGUGAAGCAAGGGAAUGUGCGGAAGAGCUGGAAACGUCGCUUCUUUGCACUUGAUGACUUUACCAUCUGCUACUUCAAGUGUGAGCAGGACCGAGAACCACUGCGCACUAUAUUUCUUAAGGAUGUUCUCAAGACCCAUGAAUGUCUGGUCAAGUCUGGUGAUCUCUUAAUGAGGGACAACCUGUUUGAAAUAAUAACAAGCUCCAGGACCUUCUACGUACAGGCAGACAGUCCAGAAGACAUGCACAGCUGGAUUAAGGAGAUUGGCGCAGCUGUCCAGGCCCUCAAGUGCCACCCCAGAGAAAUGUCCUUUUCUAGAUCCAUUUCUUUGACCCGACCUGGAAGCUCCAGCCUUUCAAGUGGGCCCAACUCUAUCCUGUGCAGGGGGCGGCCACCUUUGGAGGAAAAGAAAGCCCUCUGCAAAGCCCCCUCUGUGGCCUCCUCCUGGCAGCCCUGGACACCUGUCCCCCAGGCUGGGGAGAAGCUGCUUCCACCUGGAGAGACUUCAGAGGACUCUUUGUUCACACCUCGUCCUGGGGAGGGCAGCGCUCCUGGGGUGCUGCCCAGCUCCCGGAUAAGGCACAGAUCGGAGCCCCAGCACCCCAAGGAGAAGCCGUUUAUGUUCAACCUUGAUGAUGAAAACAUACGGACCUCUGAUGUGUGAUGGAGCACAGUGCCGUGGGAGGGAGGGAGGACUUGAGAGAAGGAGGCUGUGACUCAGUUUCUCUACCUUGUUGGAGGGUAGUCAGAGGCCUUUAUGUCACUCAUAUUUCUGUGGAUGCUCUUUGGGAGGGAGGGGCCCAUCCAGCUGGCUGUGUGUGUGUGUGUGUGUGUGUGUGUGUGUGUGUAAUAUCAACGCAGUGUAUUUAAUUUGGGGAAGUCACUAGGUUAGAACUGUAGGCAUACUCAGUGGAGAGGAAGCUACCUAUUCUAUUCUAACUAUUCUGAGGUCUUCCUGGAGAGGGAUUAUUUUAGCAGCUCCUCUCCAGAGGGGGCUGGAAGUCCGGUUUCACCAAUGACCAAGUUUUAUUUCCUUGUCCUUGUUUUAGUUUUUUCAUUUUGUUUUCAGUUUAGGUGCCUCGCAGCUCUUUUGGAAUGGGCCAGCAUUAGUCUAAUUUUAAGCGCUAUGUGUUUUGUACCCUUGCAAACUUGCUUUCUCUUUCUUCUUGCUGUUGCCCUUUGAAUGAAGCCUUUCGUGCUUGCAUGAUCAGACCCUGUAAUAGGAUGAGUUUCCAUGUACUUAACAUGAAGAGAUACAAAAAGAAUCUAGAGUGAGAGAUAUAUUUUUAAUGAAAUAGAAGCUUGGCAUAGAAACAUUGAUUUAGACGUUAUGAGUUGCUGGCCAGAGAUUCCUCAGAUAAAAGAGCCUAGAAAAUUGAGUUUUGAGCUGGCAUGGUGGCUCACGCCUGUAAUGCCAGUAGUUUGGGAGGCUGAGGUGGGUGGAUCACCUGAGGUCAGGAGUUCGAGAUCAGCCUGGCCAACAUGGUGAAACCCCGCCUCUACUAAAAAAUAUGCAAAAUUAGCCGGGCGUGGUGGUGCAGGCCUGUAAUCCCAGCUACUCGGAGGCUGAGGCAGGAGAUUCACUUGAACCCAGGAGGUGGAGGUUGCAGUGAGCCAAGAUCGCGCCAUUGCACUCCAGUCAGGGCAACAAGAGUGAAACUCCGUCUCAAAAUAUAAAAGAAAAUUGAGUGUCCCACCCAAAUUUUAGGGCAUACCUCCUUCCAUUUGAUAAGAAGAUGCUAUUUCCAGUGUCCCCGGGAGAAUUCUUCCAUCCAGUUUAUAUGGUGAAUUGCCACCAGCGUUCCCUAAAGGAAGAGAGAACUUAGCUUAUUUCUGUCUGUGACUUUUAUCAGCUAGAUCAGUUAAUUGUAUUUUUAAAUUAAAAAUUAGUAACUAGAGGAAGAGACUAAGAGAACUAUUUUUACCUGAGUAAAUGCUCUCCUCUUCUUGUGUCCAAAUCUAAUGCAGAGGUGAAAACACUUGAUGAGAAAAUCCUUUGUGGCUUGAGGGGAAUCAUGUUUCUUUCAGGACGUGUUGUUUCCCUGAAGUCUGUGUCACACUGAGAACUUUUUCUGACUGCACUGCUUUGGAGCUAUUCAUUUAAAUUGAGUUUGGCCUAGUUGUCCUGGUAUAAAACAGGAAAUCUACAUUGUUCCCUCUUUCUCUCCCUUCCAUCCCUUCCCCUGCCUUUCCUAUACACGCUGGUGUGCUUUUGCCCUCAGAAAUUCUUGGUUUGGGAGUUAUUUAUUUUUGAGUGAUCGAGGUUACGACAUACUUGGAGCGGCAUGAUUUCAAGAAGCCAUUCCAAAUUCUUAUAGCUCCUUAGCUCUGGUUUUACUCUCAUAUUUUCCCCAAGAAAAUUUUUUGGCUAUUCAAAGAAAGCACAAAAUAUGUGAUGUGGAACUAACGAAAAUAGGGACUUUUGAGAUCUCUUUAAAUAUUCCCUGACUCACGGAAAAGAUGUCCUCUUUUGGUGUUUACAUUGUGAAAAUCUACCCAUUUCUCUCUCUCUCUCUCUUUUCUUUUAAAUAAAUUAUAAGGCCGGCGUGGUGGCUCAUGCCUGUAAUCCCAGCACUUUGGGAGGCCGAGGCGGGCGGAUCACGAGGUCAGGAGAUCGAGACCGCGGUGAAACCCCGUCUCUACUAAAAAUACAAAAAAAAAAAAAAUUGGCCGGGCGCAGUGGCAGGCGCCUGUAGUCUCAGCUACUUGGGAGGCUGCGGCAGGAGAAUGGUGUGAACCUGGGAGGCGGAACUUGCAGUGAGCCGAGAUCGCGCCACUGCACUCCAGCCUGGGUGACAGAGCAAGACUCCGUCUCAAAAAAAAAAAAAAAAAAAUUAUCUGAUAGGUUACUAUUGCUAAAUUAAUUGGCCACUAUAAUAAGCUGAUUUGUUUCUUAUUCAGCAAGAUCUCUUUUGAGAAUGUGACAAAUUAAACAUACAUAGAAUCCAUAUAGUAUUAUCCUGAUAAAGGGAAACGAGGACAUUAAGACUGUCAAAUGGAAAUCUUCUUGUCAAUUGGCAAACACUUGGGAAUUCCACGUUAGAGCAUUGCUUGUUUUUAAUUUUUUUUUUUUUAAUUUUUAAAAGACAGGGUCUCACUCUCUUACCCAGGCUAGAGUGCAGUGGUGUGAUCAUAGUUCAUCAUAACUUUGAAUCUCUGGGCUUAAGCAAUCCUCCCAUGUUAGCUUCCCAAGCAGCUAGGACUACAGGGUUGUGCUACCACGCCUGGCUAAUUUUUAAUUUUUUUGUAUGUACAGAGCCUGGCUAUGUUGCCCAGGCUGUCUCAAACUCCUGGCUCAAGUGAUCCUCCUGCCUUGGCCUCCUAAAGUGUUGGGAUUACAGGUGUGAGCCACUGCACCUAGCCAGAACAUUGUUAAUGUAGUUCAAUAUGAGAUAAAUUAUUAUCUUCAAUGAAACAAGCUCUAAAAGCAUUCCAUUCCUAAAUUGUAUUUCAAACUUCCUAUUUUGUUGAUAUUUCUUAACUUCUGGCCAGUUUUAAGCCAUAAUCUUUUAAUGUGAACCAAAGAUGGCACGUAUUUGACCAAAGCAGUUAGUUUUAAAUGUAUAAAAUUGAACCAAAUGGAAAAAAUAGGGUGGGGAUGCAGUAUAGAUUAGUGACUAAGUGCAUAGGCUCUGGAGUAAAUCUGAGUUUUUUUUUUUUUUAAAGGAAUGUACUGCAUUUUCUUUGUGGAAUAAAAGCCUUGCCUGAGUUGUGCUAUUUUCAUAAGGCUUUUGAAGUGGUCUUGACCCACUGUGUGUAACAGUAUUUCAGGUGGUCCUCCCCAUGGCUGAAUAAUGCCAUCCAUUAUUCUUUAAUUUUUAUUUUUAGAAACAGUGUUUCACUCUGUCACCCAGGCUGGAGUGCAGUGGCCUGAUCAUGGCUCACUGCAGCCUGGACCCCCUGGGCUCAAUCCUGCCUCACAGCCUCCCAAAGUACUCAGAUUAUAGGUGUGAGCCACCAUGCCUGGCCACCAUCUAUUACUUUUGAAAGCUUCAAAAGACUUGCUUACUCAAUGUCAGCUGAUGGUUGGUAAAAAUAAUUUGGCCUUUAGUGUUAAGUGAGACAUCAUAAGGGUAUUGAGGCAUACAUUAUGGAGAUUGAUGUCAGGUCAGAAUAUUGGAGUUAUACAUCUAUUUCUGAGUUGAAUACUCAGCUCCCACGAGAAAGAGUUUUAAGGUCCAGCUUCUUAGUCUACUUGAAGCAAAUUUUUUUUCUUUUAUAUUUCUGAAUAUAAAUAUACUCUUAUGUGGGCUAAAAGGACCCCAUGAAUAAAUAGCAGGUUCAGUAGUUGAGGAGUGGAAUUUAGUAGGUUUGUUUUCAGUGUAAAUUAGAUAACAUAUGUGGAGGUCACAGCAUUUUGGAAAUUGAGUGUCCCCAAGUGAGCUUUGUUUAUAAACUUUCGAAAUGUCGGAAGUGGACAGGUUUGUUAAAUCUUGUCUGCCAGCACCCUUUUCUUCCUUUGUUCCUUUUCCUCUCUGUGUUAUUGCCUGCGGCAGUCAGUCCUUCAUACUAGAUAGAGUUCAGAUAAAGCAAACGUUUGGCAAAAACAUACUGUUUGACCUCCUCCCCCUCUGCUUAUGAAGGUGUAGCAUGAUUCUGUGUUUUAAAGCAGUGAUGUUUCAGCUGUGAAAUGCACUCGUUGUAAGCUCUAGGCUGAGUGCAUGGAAACUGUUACGCUUCUCAUUUUAUGUGAUCUCCUAAUUGGUAUGUAGCAAAAAUUUUCUAAAACUGUUUUGUGGCUUGUUUUGUAAUAAAACCAUGUGAAAUACUGAAA